CCUGGUUGUUGAGAAGGCUGAGCUCAUUUCGAAAAUCGCCGAGAAGAAGAUUAAGGUGCCAUCAUCGUUCUCACUGCUUAGUUGGAUUUACUCAUGUUUGGAUCUAUCGAAGUUCCUAUUAUUCAGUGCAUAAUGGAAAAUUUUCUAGAACUGUGAGGUAAAUUUUCUAGAAUUUAUAUAAUACUCAUUUAUUUGAUUGAUAAAGCCCAUCUACUUCGUUAAUUUUAGUGAAGAUCUUGUUUGAUUCGUUGAAUUUUGUUAAUUUUGAUGUUUUAGUUUGACCUAAGGUUUGUGAUUUGGACAUCUUUCUUGUAUGGGCAAUGAAGGCUCUGAUCUACUGGAUUGGUUUCUGUUUAAUAGGGAUGAUGACAGUCUCACAUCUAUUAUUUUAUUAUGAAUUUUCAAGUUUUCAGUGAAUUGAGAAUCUUUUUAUCCACAAGAUUCUCAAUCUUUUUAUCAAUGGGCAAUAGCACUUAUUUCUUCUAUUUGUUUGUCUUCUCUUAUGAGUUUGGUUUUUGAUUAACGAGGUCAAGGAACAAGUGAGGGGAAAAGGGCUUUGUACCACUGCAAUUAUUGCAACAAAGAUAUAACAGAGAAAACUCAUAUCAAAUGUGCUGUAUGUUCUGAUUUUGGCCUCUGUAUCGAGUGCUUCUCUGUUGGUGCUGAGGUGAAUCUUCAUAAGAGCAAUCAACCCUGUAGGGUUAUGGUGUUGGUGUUAUUAUUCUUUCCAGGAAAUCCUCCAUUUGAGAGGCUUUGUGUAGCCGUGAUGCUAAUAGGAAUUGGGCAAGCAGGACGGAAACCAUCUUUAAAAGCAUUCCUUGCUGAUCAAUUGAAGAAGAGGGUCCAAUGUCUGAGCCAAGCUGAUCAAGAAGUGGAAGACCUUAUAAGACAUUGGUGGCGGUGUUUUCGCUUUUGGGCCGCUGCUGCUGUAUUUCUGGUCGCCGGAUUUCGUGGUUCUUGGCCGAUUAGGCUCACAGUUUCAGCGAGCGUGAUGGGAGAUACUUUUAUAUUGCUUUUGUUGGGUAUCCACCACUACCAUUAUGUACCACCAACGGGUAGCCCCGCUUUCGCUUUGGCUUAUCGACAUAUUUCGCGAAGUGAAGGGUGUUAUAUUUAACAAGCAUCUCCCCCACCCACCAGCUCAUGACUGUGAGAUUGUUGAAAAUGAUCCUGAAGAAAAAACAUCGGCAAGUGAAAAUCCAUUGAACAGGUCCCUCUUCCCAUUCUUAUUUCUGUGAUUUUAUUGUUGUUAUUUAUUGAGUAAAGUAGAGAUAACUCGUGACUAAAGACAUGGUAAAUAAUUGAUUUGGGAGAGGGGAGGAAAAUUCAAUAAGAAUAGUUUUGAGAGAGAUAUUGGUGGCCGUUGGAUAAAUUUAUUUAAGUCCGUCAGAUGAGCUUAUUGAAGUAUGUCU